UAUUUGCGACACAAUAGAUCUUCAUUCAGAAUCAUACAGAUCUUUGUGAAAACCCUGACAGGUAAAACCAUUACCUUGGAGGUUGAGCCAUCAGACACAAUAGAAAAUGUGAAGGCUAAAAUACAGGACAAAGAAGGCAUCCCUCCUGACCAGCAGAGAUUAAUUUUUGCUGGCAAACAACUUGAAGAUGGACGCACACUAUCAGACUACAACAUUCAGAAAGAAUCUACUCUUCAUCUGGUUUUAAGACUUAGAGGAGGCAUGCAAAUCUUCGUGAAGACCCUCACUGGCAAAACCAUCACCCUUGAGGUUGAACCAUCAGACACCAUUGAAAAUGUCAAGGCCAAAAUCCAAGACAAAGAAGGCAUUCCCCCAUAUCAACAGCGUCUGAUCUUUGUUGGCAAACAGCUAGAGGAUGGUCGCACACAGUCAGAUUACAACAUUCAGAAAGAGUCAACUCUGCAUCUUGUAUUGCGUCUGAGAGGUGGAAACUAAAAGCCAAGUUUAUCUUUAAGCCUAGUUUCACCAAUCAACUUUUAAGCCUAGUUUCACCAAUCAUUUCUUUAGCCACAUGAACUUUAAGAAAUCUGUUAGGUUAAGUUAAAAAUUCGAAUGACUAGUAGAUCUAAGUU